AAAGCGAAUUUUCAAAUUUAGAUUUUUAUCUUUGUUAGAAACGUUUUUCUACAAAAUAACAUCAUAUUUAUACCUAACCCAAUGAAGAUAAAUGGAAGAAAAAGACGAAUUUGAUUUAUUUAUUGAAAAAGCUGAAGAAGUGGUUCGUCUUUUUGAAAAUGGGCAGGACGUUCGCAACGAAGCAGAAAAAUUGCUCAAAGAUGCUCUUUCUGUUGACGCAGAAUGUGUUCCGUCCACAUGUGUAAAGCCAGAUAAAAUCUGCAAAAUCUUAAAUUAUCAUAUAAAUAAAACAAGCUCCCCACCAGUUCAAAGUAUUCGAAUGCGCCAUUUUACUCGAUCUCCAACAGAAAAUAAAAAAAUAAUAAACACAAUAAAAGUACAACCUAACUCGUCUUCAUGUCUACGAUGCACAGUUUUAAUAAUAAUUUUUACCCUUCUUUGUCUCAUAGCUUAUCAUUUCUACUUUUUGCGAUUACCAACACGUUGUCCUCGGCCAACGUGGUGAAUGGCUUUAUAAAUGUACAGCAAUUUGUUCAAGACAUUUGUAAUUCAUUCAAAAUAAGCAUGGAAAAGAUCGAAAUGUGAUUCAAUGGGAAAACAUAAUGAAGUAGAGUUU